AUGUUUGAUUUUCGCAAGGGACAAGUUUCUUUCUCUGAAAUCAAGAAGAAGGUCUUCUAUCCUGGCGUUCCUACUGAAACCUCAUGUUGUACAACCAUCUACAGUGAGGAGAGAGCAAUUUUAGACCCUGGAGAUGACAUUAAAAGGUCACAAGACGUUCCUCAAGAAGCUCUCUACAUUAGAGCACCACCAAGACCAGCACCAUCCGAAUCUCCUUGGUAUAGACACAUUGCCAACUACCUUGCUGCUGAGGUUUCACCGCCUCAAUUCUUUGGCUACAAGAAAAAGAAGUUCUUAAGGGAUGUUAAAAGGUACAUCUGGGAUGAACCUUGUCUUUAUAAACAUUGUUCUGAUGGUAUUCUUAGAAGAUGCAUUCCAGAGGAGGAGGUUCCAGGAGUUCUCUUUGCUUGUCAUGGUUCUGACUAUGCAGGACACUUUGCUACUAACAAGACCAUUGCUAAGAUAUUGCAAGCUGGGUUUUGGUGGCCCACCAUGUUUAAGGACGCCCAUACCUUUAUCUCUAAGUGUGAUGCUUGCCAGAGACAAGGGAACAUCAGCAAAAGGAAUGAGAUGCCACAAAACUUCAUCCAAGAAGUGGAAGUCUUUGAUGUUUGGGGAAUCGACUUUAUGGGUCCUUUUCCUUCUUCUUAUGGAAACAAGUACAUCCUUGUUGCUGUGGAUUAUGUCUCUAAGUGGGUAGAAGCCAUAGCCAGCCCUACAAACGACUCCAAGGUGGUGAUAAAGUUAUUCAAGUCAAUCAUCUUCCCAAGAUUUGGCAUCCCACGAGUUGUGAUUAGUGAUGGAGGAUCUCAUUUCAUCAACAAGGUCUUUGACAAUCUUCUGAAGAAAAAUGGAGUGAGACACAAGGUUGCUACCCCUUAUCAUCCUCAAACAAGUGGGCAAGUGGAGAUUUCUAACAGAGAAAUCAAGAGGAUCUUAGAGAAGACAGUGGGAAUGACAAGGAAGGAUUGGUCCAUGAAGCUUGAUGAUGCUCUUUGGGCAUAUAGAACUGCAUUCAAGACCCCACUAGGAACAACUCCUUUUCACCUUGUCUAUGGAAAAGCUUGUCAUCUUCCUGUUGAGAUUGAGUAUAAGGCGGAAUGGGCUGUAAAGAAGCUGAACUAUGACAUCAAGACAGCAAAGGAGAGGCGAUUGAUUCAGCUGAAUGAGUUGGAUGAAAUUCGCCAUGAUGCCUAUGAGAACUCAAGGAUCUACAAGGAAAGAACAAAAGCAUAUCAUGACAAGAAGAUAGUCCCCAAGACGUUCUCUCCCAAUGACCAGGUUCUCCUUUUCAACUCACGCCUUAAACUGUUUCCAGGAAAGCUUAGGUCGCGAUGGUCUGGACCAUUUAAGAUCAAGGAAGUGAAACCAUAUGGUUCUGUUGUGCUAUGGAACCGAAAUGGUGGCGACUUCACUGUCAAUGGACAAAGACUUAAGCCAUAUCUUGCAGACGUUGAGAAGGAUGAGAGAGAAACCAUUCCCUUAGUUGAUGCCCUAACCGACUAA